AUGUCUGCAGAAGUCGCCACUGAUCCUAGUCCGCGGAGCGAGAAAUCGGUAUCUGCUCAUCCAUUCUCCCCGCUAUCGGCAUCAGAACUUCAAGAUGCUGCGGCGAUCAUCAAAGCUUCAUGGCCAGCGCACACAGACCUGCACUUCAAGGUCGUGACGCUGCAGGAACCAACAAAAGUCGAGGCACUGAAAUAUCUGGAGGCUGAGCAUAGCGGCAAGCCACUUCCAUCAAUCGCGAGAAAAGCUUUUGUCAAUUAUUACAUCCGCAACACUAGCAAAUUCCAUGAGGCUGUCGUGGACUUGACCUCACGUCGCGUAGACCGCAACGUCCUUCUUGGGCCCUUUGUCCAUGCGAACGCGGACGGCGACGAGAUUGUCGCUAUCGAGAAGCUCGUCCUGACCGAUGAGAAGGUACAAGCGGAGAUUGCCAAGCUCGAGCUUCCUGAAGGCACAGUAGUAAUCAGCGACCCAUGGAUCUACGGCUCCGAUGGCGUUGGAGACGAAGAUAGGCUGUGGCAAUGCUUCCUCUACCUCAGGGACCCGAUGAAUUCAUCAGAAGCCGACUCCAACCACUACGCGAUGCCACUUCCCAUCUCACCUGUUGUGAGCACGGAGAAGAUGGAGGUCAUUCGCGUUGAUAUACUACCGACUGGUGCAGACAACACCAUCAAGCCAGUUGAGAAAUACAAGAUACAACCGCCCAACGAGUAUAUACCCGAGGCCCAACAAUUACGGACCGAUCUCAAGCCGCUUAAUGUUAUCCAACCGGAAGGUGCUAGCUUCCAAGUCGAACAGCAAGGCACAUCAAAUGUCAUCUCAUGGCAGAAAUGGAACUUCCGCGUUGGUUUCAACCAGCGUGAAGGUAUGGUACUGUACGAUGUCCGUUACGACAACCGCAGCUUGUUCUACCGGAUGAGCCUUUCAGACAUGAACAUUCCGUACGCGGACCCUCGUCAUCCCUACCACAAGAAGAGCGCCUUCGACUUGGGUGAUGUUGGUGCUGGUAUCAUGGCGAACAACCUCAAGCUGGGCUGCGACUGUCUGGGCUCCAUCUACUAUCUCUCGGCCGUACUCGCCGACAACCACGGUGGGUCUGUGGAGAUGCCCAACGUUGUAUGCGUCCACGAGCAAGAUGCUGGAAUCGGUUUCAAGCACACCAACUACCGCACCGGCCGCGCAGUUGUCGCUCGAAACCGGGAGUUGGUGCUCCAGAGCAUCAUCACCGUAGCCAACUACGAGUACAUCCUGGCCUUCAUCUUCAACCAAGCUGGAGAGGUCGAUUACGAGAUCAGGGCUACCGGUAUCCUGAGCACGCAGCCAAUCGAUGAAGGUGUCGAGGUACCCUUCGGUACAGUCGUGCACCCUGGUGUACUUGCCGUCCAUCACCAACACAUUUUCUCAUUGCGCGUUGACCCCAUGAUUGACGGAUAUGACAACAGACUCGUGUACGACGAGGCAUUCCCAAUGCCGCGCUCAGACUUCAACCCACACGGCACUGGUUACUACGUCCAAGAGACGGUUGUGGACAAGUCGGGUGGCUACGACAUCGCAUACGAGAACAACCGCACCUUCAAGAUCCAGAACCCGAACGUGCGAAACCCCGUUAACGGAAAGCCUGUCGCGUACAAGAUCCAAGCGCCGCCGUUCCAAAAGAUCCUGUCCGACAAGGAUUCUUUCAACUACAAGCGCGCCGAGUUCUCCGACCACAACAUCUACGUCGUCAAGCACAGGGACGGCGAACUAUACGCAGGCGGUACCUACACCAACCAGAGUCGCGGUGGAACGGGAGUGCGGAGUUGGGCAGAGAGGAACGACAACGUCAAGGACACCGACUUUGUCGUCUACAUCCAAGCGGGAAUCAACCACGUGCCUCGUAUUGAGGAUUUCCCUGUCAUGCCUUGCGAGAUCAUCAAGAUCCACAUGAAGCCGGUCAACUUCUUCGAUAAGAACCCUGCACUUGAUGUACCGCCGAGUGAGCAGGCGUUUAACAAGAGCAGCUUGUUGAGCGAGCAGCACCAGCAGCCUAGUGUUACUGCGACGAUUGGUGAGGACGGUACGUGUUGUGCGCCGUCGGCGGCGAAGUUGUAG